AUGUUAUUGAAUGUGUUGCUGUUCGGUGUUCUUCUUCACUCUGCUCAGGGACACACUUCUCAGCGCUGUCUUCAGCGUCUAUCAGAAGCAGAAUUCUCUUCUUCUUCUAGAACCUUCGCCGCUACUUUUUCGUCACUGUCUCUCUCGGUCAACGCGCUCCUCAACACAGGAAUCGUUUCGUCUGGAAAAACCUGCUUGACCACUGUUAAUGGCGUUUCCCAUUCCUGGAGAACGUUGAAUUUGGGGCUAUUUAUGAUAGCAAGGAUGGAUGAUAAAUCUCAUGCUGGUUCUUUCUGGUUGGAGGAAAUUGAUGGGAAGGUUCAGACACCUAUGAGGAAGAAAAGGAAAUACAGGACAAAGAAAAAGGAAUAUCAAGGAUGGGGAUCGACUUCCCUUAUUUGGUUUCUUCAAUCCAUUGGUAGAGAUACAACCAAGGAGAUAGCUCAAAACGAGGUUGCAAAUAUUGUAAUGGAGUAUGUUAAGCAGAAAAAUCUCUUUCAUAAAACCAAAAAGAAGAGAAUUGAGUGUGAUGAGAAGCUUCACUCGCUGUUUGGAAGGAAGACCAUUAGCCGGUUGAAAAUCAAUGACUUGCUUGAGUCACACUUUGCGGAGAAUUGUGAGGAAUCCUCUGAUGAUAUUUUGUUUGACUCAGAAGAGGAUGAUAAUGCCUCUGCAAUGUGUGAAACCCCGAGAUCAGCACCUUCGGAGAGAAGAAGUCAACCAAAGAAACCGGUUUUUGAAAAACCAAGGAGCUGUUUUGCUGCCAUUGUUCCUGCCAACAUCAAGCUUGUUUAUUUGAAGAGAAGUCUAGUUGAGGAGCUUUUAAAGGACCCUGAAACUUUUGAGACUAAAGUAAUUGGAAGCUUCAUAAGAAUCAAAUGUGACCCAAAUGAUUACCUUCAGAAAAACUCACACCAGCUUUUGCAAGUCACAGGUAAUCUGGCCGCUGUUCAGUACUUAAAUGCUUUUUCUUUUCUUCUAAACGUACAAUUCAGUUUGAAUGGGUAUAUUCAUCAAUUGCUUAUGUUGAAUACGUAUAUUUGUAUUAAAAAGAGUUCUGAAGUAAAUGGUGAAAUUCACCUUCAAGCUUCUGGUUUCAUGAAGGACAUUAAAAUUCAAAUGCUUUCAGAUGAUAAUUUCUCUGAGCUUGAUCUUGCCAUGAACUUUGAAUGCUGCAACUUUUCCUUCCCCCAAGUUGUUGACACUGGUGCUAAGCCAAAAAGUACCUACGUAUCUGAGGAGUGUGAGGAUUUGCACCAAAGAGUAAAAGAUGGCUUGGUCAAGAGACCUAUGACUGUGGAUAUGGAGCACACAGCAAGAUUGUUGCAUGAGGAUAUGACAAAGCAUUCAGAUGGAGUAAUAUCUGAGGCACUCCCACUUUUUACUCUCAUGUUGCUGUCUGCUGAUGCGUUUGUUGUUUGGCUUGCUAGAGAACUUGCUCUACUACAAAACCUUAUUGAUCGAGCUAAUGAAAAGGAUGCUUCUCUCUCGAAAGUCAUACUGACUGACAGUAGUACAGAUACUCCUGAUUUAGAAAGCAGUCAGUUGUGUACACUGGAUGAAUACCUACAGAGAAGAGAAAAGCUUCAGAAACCUGAUGAGCAGGAGCGGUUACUGUCUGAAUUUCCUCAAGUUAUUGCAGAUGAUCAAGAAUCAGAAUCUACCACUCCAGAUGAUCGAGAUAAAAAAGUAGAAAACAAUUUAGAGGAGUUCUGGCAGGCUACCUGUACAAAAUCAUCUUUAGUGACUGAGGACCCAGAGGCAGUUGCAAAUGCAAAACUGGAUAUUGCCGAUCUUGUAAAACUACAAAGCAAUUCACCAAAAUCAAUUCCCAUUAAAGCACCAGAAGUUCCUCUUUUGGAUUUCACAAAGAAUAGCACUAUGUUGAAUUGCAUUUUUCCUGACACUGCAGCCUAUGCUAAUGUCAUUCCUUCAUAUUCUUGGCGUAUUUUGGCAGAGCACCAAGCCAGUGGCAUACCUGUCCAACAGCUGCCAGAGCAACAAACAGACUUUACAUGUGAGAAUGACAUGUCUAAGCCAGCCAAAUCACAUGAAGCAAAGAUCUCCCAGUCACUGCUGCCCGACAAACAGAUAUUGCCAUCUCAGAUUCAUGUAGAGCUAAGCAAUGGCUUAUCUGUCGAACAGCUGCAAGAACAACAAAGAGACUCUGCAGAUAAAAAUGGUACAUCUAAGCCAUACAAAUUACAUGAAGAGAAGAUCUCUCUAGCAUUUCCCCACAAUCAGAUAGAGCCAUCUCAGGUUGAGGUUAUAGACCUAACUGAUGCCUUAUCUGUCCAACAGACGAGAGAGGAACAGACAAACUUCUCACAUAAGAAUGGCAUGUCUAAGCCAGCCGAAUCACAUGAAGUGAAGAUCUCUCAAGCACUGCCCAACAGACAGAUACAGCCAUCACAGUUUGAUGUUGUAGAGCUAAAUGAUGACUUACCUGUGCAACAGCUGCCAGAGCAACACACUGACUUUGCAUAUAAGAAUAACAUGUCUAAGCCAGCUGAAUCACAUGAAGCGGAGGUCUCUCUACCACUGCCCAGCAACCAAAUACAGCCAUCUCAGGUUCAGGUUACACUGUCCAGCAAACAAAUACAGCCAUCUCAGAAUCAAGAAGUUACACUGCCCAGCAAAAAAAUACAGCCAUCUCAGAUUCAGGUUAUAUUGCUAAGCGAUGAUGAUGAAGAUGAAGAAAAAGAAAAUGAAAAAGCAAGUACUACAAAUUUGGUUCCUGCUGUGCAGUUGGAUACCUUGAUGUGGCAUUACAGAGACCCCACGGGUAACGUACAAGGACCAUUUUCCUUGACUUCCCUGAAACGUUGGAGUGAUGCUGGGUACUUUACUGCAGAUUUCAAGGUCUGGAAGUCAGGUAAUAGGCAGAAUGAAAGUGUAUUACUGUGA